AUGGAUUCUCUAGUCCCCCAGCUGUGGGCUGCCCUCUGUCUCUUGGUCCACCUUGCUGCUUGCAGUCCCAUCCUGAGCUUGGAGCACUCUUCCUUGGAGGAGGAUGUGCCGCUUUUCGAUGAGAUCCUCUCGGAGCAGGAUGGUGUUGAUUUCAACACGCUGCUUCAGAACAUGAAGAACGAGUUCCUGAAGACCUUGAACCUCUCCGACAUCCCCCUGCAUGAAUCGGCCAAGGUGGAUCCGCCAGAGUACAUGCUCGAGCUGUACAACAGGUUUGCCACGGAUAGGACAUCUAUGCCGUCCGCCAAUAUCAUUAGGAGCUUCAAAAACGAAGACUUGGCCUCCCACCCUAUUGGUGUCACAGGGAUUCGGAAGUACCCUCUCCUAUUCAAUGUUUCCAUCCCUCACCAUGAAGAGAUCACCAUGGCAGAGCUGCGGCUCUACACCUUGGUGGAACGGGACCAGAUGCUCUAUGAUGGGCUUGACCGGAAAGUCACCAUUUUUGAAGUGCUGGAAAACCACCUGGGGGUAGGAGAAGAGAGGAAGAUAAUGGCCUUGGCAUCCAGGCACAUCUAUGGCACGAGCAGCGAGUGGGAGAGCUUCGAUGUGACCGAAGCCAUCAGGCGCUGGCGAAGGGCAGGGUUGACCACGCAUCGGCUGGAGGUUCAUAUAGAGAGCAGGGAAGGGGAGGAGCAGAAUGGAGAAGGGAAGCUUGAUAUCGACAUCAACUCCGAAGCAAAGCACGUGCCCCUGUUGAUUGUGUUCUCUGAUGACCAAAGCAAUGACAAGAAGGAGGAGAAGCAAGAGCUGAACGAGAUGAUAGACCACGAGCAGCUCCUGGACUUGGAGAACCUGGAGGUGGGCAACUUCCAUGGGCAGCCCGGGGAGGAAGCACUGCUCCAGAUGCGAUCCAACAUCAUUUACGACUCCACUGCCCGCAUCCGGAGGAACGCAAAAGGCAACUACUGCAAAAAGACUCCACUCUACAUUGAUUUCAAGGAAAUAGGUUGGGAUUCAUGGAUCAUCGCCCCAGCGGGAUACGAAGCCUACGAGUGCCAUGGAGUGUGUGCCUACCCCUUAACAGAGCACGUCACGCCAACGAAACACGCCAUUGUCCAGACUUUGGUUCACCUGAAGAAUCCCCAGAAAGCCUCCAAGGCCUGCUGUGUGCCCACCAAACUCGAUCCCAUCUCUAUCCUCUAUUUAGAUGCAGGGGUGGUCACCUACAAGUUCAAAUACGAAGGCAUGGUGGUAUCAGAGUGUGGCUGCAGAUAGUAGAGGGGAGCGCGAGCAGAGGGGAGUGCACAGUGGGGAGUAUUUAAUGAUUCAGUCUGUAAAUUUGUACAUUUUGGAUUUCCUAUUUAAUAAGGUUAUUUAAUGAGGCAUGUACAGAUAAUUGUGUGUUUCCUGGUAGGGGAAUGGGCAAGUUGUGACCGUAGGGAA